AUGGGAUUCGGCUCAUCCUUAACGGGACUCAUGCUCGACUUCACUGGUGUCCUGAUCUCAAUUAGACCAACUUGGGGACGUGGGAAAAGAGAUAAGCAAUUCUCGACCUCCGGGAGACGGCCUCAGGCACUCUUUUUUUGCCCAAGAAAUGGGUUGAGAAGGGGGAGAAGAGGACGGCCAGAAAACAGCUUCGGCCCAACCCCGUUUGGUGCGUCUCUAGGCUCUCAGGGUCGGAGCUGUUCACUUUUUAGGUUCACUUUUGGUCCCUUACGCACAUUGUCAUAUAUUUUUGGUUGUUUCCUUUCAGGUCAGCGCAAACCAUGGCGCGGAAUUCUUUUGUUUGGCCCUCCAGGAACAGGAAAGAGUUAUAUCGCGAAGGCCGUGGCUACAGAAGCCCAGAACUCAACCUUCUUCUCGGUUUCGUCCAGUGAUCUGGUCUCGAAAUGGCUUGGAGAAUCAGAGAAGUAAGGAGAUGGAAGAUUGCUCUUUACAAUAUUAUUUUAGAUUGGUCCGCGAGCUUUUCGAAAUGGCACGGCAACAGAAACCGUCGAUCAUCUUUAUUGAUGAAGUGGAUUCCCUCUGCUCAUCUCGUUCCGAUAACGAAUCUGAAUCCGCCAGAAGAAUCAAAACCGAAUUCCUGGUCCAAAUGCAAGGCGUUGGAACUGACAACGACGGAAUCUUGGUCCUCGGUGCUACCAACAUCCCCUGGGUUCUUGAUUCGGCCAUCCGAAGACGGUUUGAGGUAUGAAAUGUGUUUGUUCGUUCUUAUUACUUUAUUUUUAGAAACGAAUUUACAUUCCCCUUCCGGAUUGUAAUGGUCGGAAGCAAAUGUUUAAACUUGGAAUCGGCUCAACUCCUCACAGCCUGACUGAUGACGACAUCAAGGCGUUGGCCGAGAAGACUGAAGGAUACUCGGGUCAUGAUAUUUCGAUGGUAGUACGUGAUGCCCUCAUGCAGCCAGUUCGGAAACUCCAGAGUGCAACUCAUUUUGUUAGAGUAGGUUGAUAGCAUAUUUUUCAAUACUUAAUUUUUUUUAGAUAUCUGGUCCAUCGCCUACUACCGGUGAAAUUGUGGAUGAUCUUCUUACUCCCUGUUCCCCCGGGCGUCCAGGAGCCAAAGAAAUGAGCUGGUUAGAAGUCCCGUCCGAUAAAUUAGCCGAACCAAUCGUAUGUAUGGUAAGUAACAAAGGCGUAUGCUAAUUAGUAACUCCAGAAUGAUAUGCUCCGUUCCCUAAUGACCACCAAACCGACUGUCAAUCAAGCGGAUCUGGAGAAAUUGGAAGGAUUCAAAAAAGACUUUGGCCAAGAAGACUAA